GGUUUCUAUGGCGAUUAGCCGCUUGUAAACAGAGUGUUUCCUUCUCCAUGCGAACUCAAACACAUUAUCUCGGUCCGCUGACACACGGCUUCACCCGUUCGUCAAUUUCACUUAACACCACCAACGUGUCGCGAGACAGCGGACUCGUGCGCGUGCCUUCCAGCUUCGGUUUAUUUGACACAUCUCGAUCUCAUUUGUGUGCGAUUUCGUUUUCCAAUUUAAAUCCGAUUUUAUUUUUUUUAUUUUAUUAUUAUUAUUUUUUUUGGAUGUGACAUUUGUAGAGAUGGAGAAGUAUGAGAAGAUCAGGAAGAUUGGCGAAGGCUCAUACGGCAUAGUGUUCAAGUGCAGGAAUAAAGACACUGGACAAAUUGUUGCCAUCAAGAAGUUUGUGGAGUCUGAGGAUGACCCCAUCAUUAAGAAAAUAGCACUCAGAGAAAUCCGCAUGCUGAAGCAACUGAAACAUCUCAACUUGGUGAAUCUGAUCGAAGUAUUCAGGAGAAAGAGAAAACUGCAUCUGGUGUUUGAAUACUGUGACCACACUGUCCUCAACGAGCUGGACAGAUACCCACGAGGUGUUCCAGAGCACAUGGUAAAAAGCAUCAUCUGGCAAACACUUCAAGCUUUGAACUUCUGUCACAAACAAAAAUGUAUCCACAGAGAUGUGAAGCCUGAAAAUAUACUCAUUACCAAACAACAGGUCAUCAAACUCUGCGACUUUGGAUUUGCCAGGAACCUCACUGGUCCAUGUGAUUAUUACACGGAUUAUGUAGCAACACGGUGGUACCGAGCUCCAGAACUGUUAGUGGGAGACACGCAGUACGGCCCGCCAGUGGACGUCUGGGCAGUGGGCUGUGUGUUUGCGGAGCUGCUCUCUGGUGUCCCUCUGUGGCCAGGCAAAUCCGAUGUAGACCAGCUCUAUCUCAUCAGGACAACUUUAGGUGAGUUGAUUCCUCGCCAUCAGCAGGUGUUCAGCACUAACCAGUUCUUCAGCGGAGUUUGUGUCCCUGAACCGCAGGAGAUGGAGCCUCUUGAACUGAAGUAUCCGAACCUCACAUACCAGGCGCUAAGCCUCAUGAAGGGCUGUUUGCGGAUGGAUCCAGCUGAGAGGUUGUCCUGUGAGCAGUUAUUGGAACAGCCGUACUUUGACAGUCUGCGAGAGGAGAGCGAGAGCGCAACUCGUGAAUUGGACCUCAAGAGACGCACACGGCAGCCACGCAAACACCUGCCACCUGGGUAUCUACCCCAAUUGGCCAGCAGUACUGUGUUUCCAUCUGUAGAGACAAGAAAAUACUACAACAACCUGCGCAAGUUCAACUAUCAUCUGCCCAACAUCUGAUGGACUUCGACUCCUCAGGAACCCAGAAACUGACCGUCCACCUCCCAGCUGCGUUUAUUAUCCCCUGUGGACAUCAUUUUCUUUUCGUUGCCUUGACGACUGGUGCUAUUAAUUGAGCCACUGACAUGCACUGGAUGCCAAACUUCAGAAACAGGAUUCACAAUUCUAAAAACAUGGAAAGUAAUGGAUAAAAAAUUAAAUAUGCU